UUUUCUCGUGUCGUUUUAAGCCAACAAUCAUUCUACGUAAUCCCGCCAUCUCGUCAGCUGCCAAGCUGACUUCAGCAACACACACAAACCGUGCGGAUGGCGAUAGCAUAUGUUAGUUGUACCAACUCAACGACAAACGAUUUACGUCUAUUGUGGUGGAGAAAUUGUAGGAACAGGCUAAGCCGAAGCUGUCAUAGGGCAGAGUAAGAGCGUGUUAGAUAUUAUUCCGUUCUUUAAUGUGAUAAUAUUCUUCACAUAGGAGUGCAUUGUCUGACAUUUCAUAAUGUAAAUAGUUGAGAUAUUUUAAAGUAACCUGCAGCCGCAGUGUAUGAACGUCGGAACGAGUAUUGUGUUGCAAUAGACACUUCACCGUUACAGACAAAAUGGCUAAGAUGCCAAAUAACACACCGAAGCAGCUCGCGGAGAUCACAAACGUCACGGGAGUAGUAGCUAAUGUAACAAGUGCUUCCCCAGUUACAAAUGUCUCGGAGGCUACUGCAACGGUUACUGGAAUAGCAGGAGUUGCAGGAAUUCUGGUGACUCAUUCCCAAUCAGCUCAUUCUUCUCACGCUUUCAGUAACAUGUUGCCGACAAAUCCAGGUGACUGGGAUCCAGUGACAAACAGUGAUUGGCAAAAGGAGACACCAUCACCACAAUGCAUUCUUAGAAUCAAAAGGGAUAUAAUGUCAAUAUACAAUGAACCCCCUCCUGGAUUAUUUGUUGUUCCUGAUGAGAAGGACAUGACAGUGAUUCAUGCUUUAAUUACUGGUACAUUUGAUACACCUUAUGAAGGUGGCUUCUUUUAUUUUUUUAUUCGUUGUCCUCCGGACUAUCCUAUUAGACCACCAAGAGUAAAGCUGAUGACAACCGGUGCUGGAACUGUUCGUUUUAAUCCAAACAUGUACAAAAAUGGAAAGAUCUGCUUGAGUAUCCUUGGGACUUGGACUGGCCCCUGCUGGAGUCCUGCCCAAAGUUUAUCCAGUUUACUUAUUUCCAUCCAAAGUUUGUUAAAUGAAAAACCAUAUCAUAAUGAGCCCGGAUUUGAGAGAGAAAGAAAUCCUGGAGAUACUGCUCGUUAUAAUGACAUUAUUCAACAUGAAACUUUACGGGUUGCCGUCUGUGGGAUGUUGGAAAAUGAAACCUGUUUAAAUAUUCCUGAGCCUCUUCAAGAAGUAAUGGAAAAAACCUUUUUAGAAUUCUAUGACUAUUAUGUUACUACUGCUCAGAAGAAAUCUCACCUUAAUGGACAGGCAAUGCUGGAUCCAUUUGCUAAUCUUCAGGAUCCGUACUGUGAAGAACGUGGGAUUUAUCAAUACAAUGCCAUUUUGGCCCGCUUGAGAGCUCUCCGCAAGAAACUAUCUGAUAAGCUCUCUAGUCCCCGAGGUCAAGGAGAUAAACCAUCAGACAAUGAGUGCUCAACUUCAGAUUCUGAUGCUGAGGUGCCCAGUUGAUCAUCAUAGACUGAUCUUCAAUGCGACAUUUCCAGCUGUCGCUUCAACAUCAAGUAAAUUGUGUGUGCAAUACUUCUGUCAAGUACUGUAUAAGUCCAAGAACAUUUGUGAUUAAUUGUCAGUUGUUAAAUUUGAAGAAGAGGAUGACAGGUGUCAAAAUUGGAUUUUUUAAAUUUAUUUAAUGUUAUUGAUACAUUGUACUUUCUAUAAUUUUUUAGAAUAAUUUUGAAAAAAUAUGCAUUAUUUUGCAAGAUUGCGUAUGUGGUUCAUUGCCAUUAUUCAGAAUUUUUUGAUAGAGACAAAAUUACUUUAUUUAUUAGAUACUUUAUCAAAACAAAAACAUGUUUUCUCAAAGCACAGAUUCAACUUCAUAAUUGUUAAUUGUAUUGCCACAAAAUGUUAACCUGCAAUUGGUGCUUCAUGUAUAGAUUUAAGUAACAUUUCUUAAUGCGAUUCUCCUUCUCUUCUAGUUGUGCUGUCGAAAAAAGUACAGAGUGAACUUUUGAAAUUUUGACCUUUUCAUAUUGCAUACAUGAAUAUAUGAACAACAUUUAUUUGCUUACAUCUAAAAUUCCCAAGGCAUAAUUUUUAGGAGAAUUAUUAUAUUCAUGUAAAUUGCAAAACUUACACAGAGGAAACACAUUUUCUGUAUAUUUAGUACAACUUCAAAUAGAACUGUUAUGGAUUUCUUUUCAUUAGUUUAACAACUGUUUUGCUCCAGUAUUGUAGAUAAUAUUUAAUCUCGUUCUAUAAUGUUUUUGUUUCAUAGACAGUAUUAGAACAUUUUUCUGAGACACUGUAGUCCAUUUCUUCCUUUUAACAAGGAUCCUUUUAUUGCAUGAAUUCAUUUUAUCAAAUCUUUCCUCUUGGCAAGUUGUUAGGAAUUUCAAAUCCAUUGUUGCUGUUAUAUUGAGUUGAUGAAAGCUGACUUAGUGGUUUAACAGUUAUCCUUAGAACAUUGUUAAAGUUUAUUCUUGUUUAUUGCUAUGUGACUGAUAAUUGACAUUUUAAAAUGGAAUUUAUGGAUUUAUUGUGAGACAAACCCAAUCUAACUUGACCCUAUGUACAUGUUUUGCUGCCUUACAUUUUCAAUAUUGUUUAUUUCAGUGUUUGAAGCAAGACAUCAACAUCUUAGCAGUAUCAGAAGUAUUAUAUCAAUGCAAUUUUGUCUAGUUUUCCUCAAUAGGAAUUAAUUUUUUAUACAGCAUUCUUUGUAUGGCAGUAAUUGUCAAUAGAGCUAAUACAUUUUCAUUAAAUGAAUUGAAUAGUUCCCAGAAAAUUGUUAUUAAUUGGCAUGAAAAAUAAUUAAAAAAUUACAAGUACAAGACAUUUGCACUGCCGAAGUCCUUGAAGAAUGUAUUAAAAGUUUGUAGGACUUUCAACGUAAUAAUAGAAAAGUGUUCAUCUACAGUACUCUUCAAUAAAACCUCUUUGAGUUGUUUGUAGUCUUAAAUAUAAUCUUGUGUUCCAGAUUUUUUUUCAUACUGAUGGAAUGCAUCAAAUGAAGUAGAUAAAUUGCCAUCUUCAGAGUGUAAUCACUUAUGAAAAAUAAUUGUUUUCCUGGAUGUGUCUUUGGCUGAAAUGAUAGUGGAAAAUAGAGUGACUGUUGCAGCAGCAUGGCUGAAAGUUAAUAUCACGAACGUUCUACUUCGUGAUUGAACGGCCAGUACAGAUAGGAUGGUGUAAUGAUGUAGGAGUUAAUCUUUGAGUUGGUGUGAGAGGUUGUGCUCACGUGCAGUGAUAACAAACAACCUCAGUACAGAAUUCUUAGGUCAUGUAAUAGGUAUUAGAUGUGAAUAGGAUAUCAACAACUCAGAUCUAUAAGCAUUACAAAAAAUGAAUUUAUCUUGUUAAAUGUGAUCAGGAAUUUAAAGUGUACAAAGAUUAUCAUAAAAGAAUACAGUCAGGAAAACCUUUAGAGAAAAUAAUGGGCAGGAUCCAAGUAAAGUAUUGUAAAAAUUGUAUAUUUCCUUGAUUAAUAAUUUAAAAAAUAUUAGUUUAUAAAAGUUUUUGAGUAGUAGCCACUUUUUCUAGUGUGGUACUAAUUCACAUUCAUUCAUUUUUGUAGAUGUGCAUUGCCUUUAUAGAAAAACAAGAAGCAAAUGUAGAGAUGGAAUUCUUCUUCACUAAUGAAAUUACUCAAGAUUGUAUUUAAAUGUUUAUAGCUUUUUGAACCUUUUAACAUUCCAUAUCUUUCAUUUUGUAGACAUAAUUGAAAUAAAUUAUAAUACUGCUUUGUUGAAAAGUAUUUUGUCAAUUCUAUCAGCCACAUUUCAUUGUCGUAUAAAAACUGAACUGUAGUGUUGAGACCAAUUUGGCUGAGGUUCCGAUCAAUAUAUUUUCAUAUACCUCAUUUCGUUGUUCGUAAUUGAUGUAGUUGUGAAUGAAAAUAUGUGACAGAUAAUUGAUCAUCAGUUUUGUUUCACUGUUUGGUCAAGGAUUCAGAGAUGUGUUCAAUAAAUGUUUGUGACAAUGAAGUGUGUCUGUGAAAAAUGCAUGUAUGUAAGUUGGUGAGUCCAGAAACAUGAUUCAUUGUUUCACAUUAUGCCUGUACAAAUGUGUAUAAUGAGGCAAUAAAAUGAGAAACUAUUGCUUGCAUACUGCCAAUGUAGAUCCUUCUUAAGAAAGGAAGCACCAGAUAAUUUAUGUUCAUGUGUUUUCAUUACUUUGCUGUAUAAUGCACAAAUUGUCUUUUGUUCAUUAUAUAUUAUGUACAUUUAUUUUCAUUUUUGUGUUGUAAUAAAUGUUCCUUAAUCACUGAAAUGUCAUCCAGUAGUUUGAGAUGUAUAUGUAUUCAAAAAUAUUACAAAUAAAAACAUACUAUUUUGGAUUAUUAAAUUCGUUACAUGCUUCAGACGGAUGAUAGUUGUAGCUUUGUUUUAAAUUAUAUAUUCUACCAUGAUGUUCCUUACAAACAAAAAUACCAAACUGUCGGGAUACAUUUACUUUCUGUAACAUGUAAGUGGCUCUAGCUAAAAAAAGUAUUGCUUAUUUUUUAAAUAUAAAACUGAAGUUGUAGAUAAUAAAUUUGAUUAUUUUUUAAAUUAAAAGAAAACAACAUAAUGAAUGAUUGUGAAACGGG